CGCGCGCGUGUAACACCACCUGGGCGCGGCUCGAAGGCGCUGGCUUCCAGCAUCAUUCUCAGACGAUGCAGCUGGUCCGCGUCUUCGCCGGCCUCGGGCUGCUCACGACGGCAACGGCCGCCGACAGCGCACCGACCUGUCGCUUCGCGCUCAACGUGUCUCCGGCCGCGCUCAAGCUGCUCGGCGGCAGCGGCAACGCCACGACGCCGGCCAACAGCACGCUCGUAAUCCCGAGCAUCUCGGUCGCGCCGGGCCAGAAGGACGGGACGGCGACGCCUGUGCCCACGCCCAAGGACGAGAAGAGCAAGACGCCGAGCACGACAGCGCCGGGCCUUCGCAAGUUGCAGAUUAAGCCGCCAGUGGAGCCCGACACGACGUCGACGACAGCGCCGACGACCGCACCCACAACGCGAGCACCGACCGUCGCACCGACGCCGCUCCCGACCGACAAGAAGACCACUGAGCCGACGCUGGCGCCCACAGAUCCAUCGACCAAGUCGCCGACGCCCACGACCGUCAAGCCAUCGUCAGGCAGCGGAAGUGGCAAGACACCGACGACAACGACGUCGUUGCCACCCGGUGUGACGUCGACGCCGACACCGACACCGACGCCGUCCAACUCGACCAACGUCAUCAACGUCCCGGCGCCGACCGUCGUCACGACCUUUGACAUCAUUCCAUGCGACGCGACGUUCUACAAGUUCUGGAAGACCAAGGGUCUCAGCUGCGGCGGCGUCGACCUCGACGUGUCCAAGGCCAUGGAGCAAGCGUGCAGCGUCUACUCGGGCGCCAUCUCGAUCGGGACCGCCGGCUUCCCCGCGUGCUUCUCGUCGUGCUUUAUUCCUGGCUGCGAGAAAGGCAAGUGGGACUAUACCGUGAUGGACGGUCUCUCGUCGUCGAUCUACGCCGGCGUCAACUUUCUCGAGGCGGCGUCGCUCUCCAAGGCGUCGACGUCAGCGACAGCGUCGCUCUUCCCGACGCUCGCGACCAAAUUCAAAACGUCCUUCUCGUGCACCUCGUACGACGUGUGCCAGUGCCCCGCGGCCAACAUUGGCGGCGCCGGCAAUAGCACGAGCUCGACCACCGGCAGCCAAAAGCGCGUCGACACGUGGAGCGACGGGACGAAGAAGACGACCCUCGACUACGUCGGCACGGUCACGUCCAGCGUGAGUGCGACCGUCACGUACACGGCGAUCGCGACGACGACCACCAUGAUGAUUGCGAGCUCGGUCGGCGCCGUCGGGUCGUCGGCCACCGCGGCCGCCGCUGGCAUUUCGACCGGUGGGUCUGUCGGCAUGGCCAGCGCCACGAUCGACAUUGCGCAGUUCGCCGUGUGCAUGAGCCAGCUCAGCUUGCCAGGUGCGUCGCGGCCGUUGCGCGCCGUCGGCGAGCAACUGAGCUUUAGCGUCUUCAACUGGUUUACGUUUGGGAACGUGCCGACGACGACGGCCGCGGUGGCCGCCAACCGCCGCCUCGUCGAAGCGUACACGGGCCAGCGCUCGGAAGAGACGGGCGGCAUGUUCCAGUACACGACGCGCCUCGGCAUCCGCCCCGAGAUGCUCUUCUACGUGACGCUCGCCGGCAUUGCGUCCGUGAUUGGCGGCAUCGUGAUCCUCCUCGCGCUCGUGCUCGUGCUCGGCCCGCUCUGCGUCAAGGACAAGCAGGCGUUCAUGUCCAACUGCUACGACCGCGCGAUCGGGCUCAUCAUGCUCGUGACCAUCAUCUCGCAGUACGCGCUCGGCGUCGUGUGCAUGUUUCAGAUUUGCCUCUGCCUCAAGUCCAAGACCGGCGGCUUCUCCAAGGAGCUCGUGUUUGCUAUCUUGACGCUGCUCGUGCUCGCGAUCGGCAUCAUGGGCUACGGUGUCUACGUCGUCAAGAAGUACCAGAACGACAUCCAGGACAUUGGCACGGCCCAGCACCUCGAGAAGACCGUCCACAAGCGCUUUGGGUGCCUCUACGACGAGUACGACUUUGCGAACCGGUACUUCUUCACGGCCAAGAUGGGCCUCGCCCUCCUCUCGGGCAUGAUUGCCGGUACAUUUGCGGUCUCGGGUCAGUCGCAGCUCGUGAUGCUCAUCGUCCUCCACGUCGGCUUCUUUCUCCUGCUGAGCGUGCGCCGGCCGCACUAUGCGCCGUUCGUUCAAAACACCACCGUCGUCAUCACGGUCGUCAAGGUCAUUACCUUUGGCUUGAGCUUCCUCCUGCUCAAGGUCGCGACCGCCGGCGCGCCCGACGACAUCAAAGAUGGCAUCUCGUACGGCAUCCUCGCGCUGCAGCUCGGCGUGCUCCUCUGCCUCCUCGCGCGCCAGAUCUACAUCUUCUACAAGACGCACCAGCUCAAGAAGGAGCUCGCAGCCUCCAACGACACGAUGCGCCACGAAGAUCUGUACGCGCUGGAUGCGAUCACGGCGCCCGGCGCGUAUGCGAUGGCGACCAACAGCACCAACCACCGCGACACGAGCCAGAAGCAGCGCGAGUGGACGAGCGAGAGCCACCGCAUGAGCGACGACAAGCCGCGCUUGCCCCUCAAGACCACCAACCACAACCACAACGGCAAGCUGAAAACCCUCCAUUCGGCCAACCAGCAACCACACAAUGGGCAGUGGAAGGAGGACGAGUACGACCCGCGCGAGUACGCCAUUUGAGCAAAUAUAAUAAUUGUAUUGACUGUCUUUUCUUCCACCAUUUUUGUCUUUUCCUCCAACAUUUUUGUCAAUACCUGCG